CUGUUGUGGAGUACAAUCAUACCCCUCUAUGGAGCGUGUUUUGCCUUGUACCCAGUGUGUAAGGACGUAAGAAAGGAUUUCCUGGACGUGCGACUUCUGUGAACGUAGGGUUUAAUGAACGUUGUUUUGCAUUAUUAAUGUCAAUAAGCUCAUUAUUUGGACCGGGCAGCUAAUUGUGAGUAGUGAGGGAGUGAACGCAGUUCACAAGUUCAUUUGGAGGAGCUAGAAAACCAAAACGGCCUUAUCUCGCCUUCAAGUGCAAAGUGCAAGUACAGCUGCUUUACUUAAGAGAGAACGGUACUCAAUAACUAAAUACGCUACUGCAAGCAAGAUUUUAUACGUUAGAUCAGAUAGCCUGUGAGUUGCGUUUAUUUUGCUAAUUUAUCACUUAGCCAAAAAAAUGCCAACCAUUGUCAACGUGCUUUGAAUAAGGUAGCUCGAAUUAGCUACAGGAUUUGUCCUGAUACGGAGCUGGCUGUUCUGUAGCUAGUUGUUAGCUUGACUUUUGCUAGCAGAUGCAGAUUCUGUACACUAAAGUCCCGAAAGCUCAAGAUCCAUAGAUUUGGCUUCUUCGUCAGUAGUGUUUAUAUGCGGAAGUUGGUAACAUAGGGCACGUUUAGCCAGGGGACUCCAGGAAGUUCACCAGCUGCUGCCUACUUCUGUUUUAAGCUUCACUCCACCCCAGGAGUUAGUGUACAAGAGUCAGUGAAAAGGACACAGUGUUGGUUUUUGCACUGAUAGUUUAGUUUCCUAUCAGCCACGAUGCUACCAGAUAAAGUUCCCGCGGAAGAGACGCUGCACGCCCCCGAAGAGUUGAAGGAACGAGCUCACGUCUGCAGCUUCGAGAAAUACACGGAGCUCUACAACAAAUCGGUCGAUUCUCCGGAAGAGUUUUGGGGAGAUAUUGCCAAAGAUUUUUUCUGGAAGACCAAAUAUACAGGCAAGUUCCUGGACUACAACUUUGAUGUGACCCGGGGCGAAAUUUACAUCAAGUGCAUGGAAGGAGCCACCACAAACAUCUGCUACAAUGUCCUGGACCGCAAUGUCCAUGAGAGGAAGCUGGGAGACAAAGUGGCUUUUUACUGGGAGGGGAAUGAGCCAGGAGACGAGAAGACGGUGACCUACAGAGAGCUACUACAGCAAGUCUGCAAGUUUGCCAACGUUCUUAAGUCACAAGGAGUGAGGAAGGGGGAUCGCGUCUCCAUCUACAUGCCUAUGGUAGUUGAACUGGUGGUGGCCAUGUUGGCUUGCGCCCGAAUCGGAGCUGUGCAUUCGAUUGUGUUUGCAGGAUUUUCAGCUGAAUCACUCUGUGAAAGAAUUAUGGAUUCUCAGUGUUGUCUGCUGAUUACAUCUGAUGGCUUUUACAGAGGUGAUAAGCUCAUAAAUCUUAAGGUUAUUGCUGAAGAAGCUCUGCAGAAAUGUCGAGACAAGUCUUUUCCUGUAAAGCGGUGCAUUGUCCUGAAACACUUAUCAAAAGAUGAACUGGAGGCCUCUUCACCAGGCUCCAUGUCACCCCCAGCAAAACGCUCUUGCCCUGACCUACAGCAGAAGAAGCAGAAUGAAAAAGUAAGGAAUGUCCGUCCCAUCCCCAAGGUGCCGUGGAACCCAGAGGUGGAUGUAUGCUGGCACACACUAAUGGAUGGUGCAUCAGAUGAGUGUGAGCCAGUGUGGUGUGAAUCCGAGGACCCUCUGUUCAUCCUUUACACAAGUGGUUCCACUGGCAAGCCAAAGGGUGUGUUGCACACUGUCAGUGGUUACAUGCUUUACACUGCUGUAACAUUUAAGAUGGUGUUUGACUACCACCCUGAUGAUAUUUACUGGUGCACAGCAGACAUAGGCUGGAUUACAGGUCACUCCUACAUCACCUACGGUCCACUGUCUAAUGGGGCCACCAGUGUCCUGUUUGAAGGCUUGCCCACUUAUCCUGAUGUUGGCAGAAUGUGGGAAAUAGUAGACAAAUACAAUGUCUCCAAGUUUUACACAGCACCUACAGCCAUCAGACUUCUCAUGAAGUAUGGCAGUGAGCCAGUCCACAAGUACAAGCGGAGCUCUCUGAAGAUCUUGGGUACUGUGGGGGAGCCUAUUAACCCUGAGGCCUGGCUGUGGUACUACAGUGUAGUUGGGGAGAAGAGAUGCCCCAUUGUGGACACCUUCUGGCAGACUGAGACAGGAGGACAUGUAUUAACACCUCUUCCAGCUGCCACUCCUAUGAAACCAGGAUCUGCAACUUUUCCAUUUUUUGGAGUCGUUCCUGCCAUACUGAAUGAGUCAGGAGAGGAACUUGAGGGACCAAAUGAAGGUUACCUGGUAUUUAAACAGCCCUGGCCUGGAAUUAUGAGGACUGUGUACAGGAACCACCAGAGAUUUGAGACUACCUACUUUAAGAAGUUUCCUGGCUACUAUGUAACUGGAGAUGGUUGUCGCAGGGAUAAGGAUGGGUAUUACUGGAUCACGGGCAGGAUUGAUGACAUGCUGAAUGUUUCCGGUCAUUUGCUGAGCACUGCAGAGGUGGAAUCUGCUCUGGUGGAGCAUGAAGCAGUAGCUGAGGCAGCUGUGGUAGGAACACCACACCCUGUUAAAGGAGAAAGCCUAUAUUGCUUUGUCACACUCAAUGAUGGCCUCAAUUAUACUGCCACCCUGGAGGCUGAGCUCAAGAAGCAAGUGAGAGAGAAGAUUGGUGCCAUAGCUACGCCUGACUACAUACAGAAUGCGCCUGGGCUGCCCAAAACCAGAUCAGGUAAAAUCAUGAGGCGUGUGCUACGGAAGAUCGCAUCUAACCAGCAGGAUUUAGGAGAUGUGUCCACACUAGCGGACACUUCAGUUAUUGAGCAGCUUUUUGAGAACCGCUGUUGUACUGCUGUGUGAACAUUAGGAGACACUAUUAAAACCAUUUCACUUCAGGGUACAUGGGUAAAAUUAAAUGUAUAGUAAUCUUAGCAGAAGGCCACCAGAGAAAAAUAUACUGCUGUUUCACAAUCUCUAGGAAUUGAAAAGAGUUUUUGCUGGACCUAUUUGUGUAUUUGUUUAGUAUUAUUUAGUUUAGUAACCUAUAUUUACUUAUGUAGAUUUUUUUUUUUUUCUUUUUAAGUAAAAUUUGUUCAUACAUCUCAGAUUUUAUUUUUCAGAUAAUUCAUGCACAUACAGGAAUUGAGUACUUUUUAUUUAAUUUACUCAAUCAUAGGUAGUAUUUAUAUGACCGAAAUAAUUUUUAUGUGCCAAGGUUGUAAAUCACGUGUUUGAUCCCAAAAAGACUGAAUUUCUUUUUGUACCUUGUGAUUUUACAUAUAACUGAGGAAUUUUUAAACAGAGCCAACAGUCUAUUUUUAUUGCAAGACUAAUGUAGCAAAUAUUAAUCUCAGAGCUCUAAGUUCAGCUGUUGGUAGGAUUUUAACAUGUCUCAAGAAACAUCUGUACACACAUUGUAAUCUCUACUUUAGGUUAUGAUAAUUAGGUACUAAAUUCCUAUAUAUGUUGCAUGAAAACUGUAUGAAAAUUUCAGUGAUCUAUAUAUGUUCUACCAUGAGCUUAUAAUAAGGACAUGGUUCUCCUUAAACUGAACUAAGAAAAGGACAAAAAUAUUUAAUACCAAAAUGCUGUGAUCUAGUAAAUAAUCUACUGGAUCAUUCAGUAGUGAUUUGUUUUUGGAAUUCUGUACUAUACACACUAUCCAGCUGUUCCAUAAUUGUCUUUUGGUACAUGAGGAAGGUGCUGUGAUAUCAAUGGAACAAUUUGGAUAAGAUGCCAAUUUGUAAAUUAGCCAGAAUGUUUAAUACACCCCAAGUCUAGACAGUGAGGUUAUGAUGUGACUUGGAUACACUGUCAGACACCCUGAUCUAUAGGUAUUUUCAGGGUUCACCCGAAAGUAUUACAUUUUCAAAUAAAAGUCCGUUUUGAAUGUUUAUCAAGUGUUUUGCUACAUUUCACUUAAUUGAGAUCGGGAUUGGUUAUUGUGACUAGUUUUAAGGAUAUUAUUCCAGAGUCUCCCCAUUAAUGGUCUCAUUUGGUUCUGUCUCUUACCAGAAUAAAACUCUUUAAUGUUCUUUUAUCUUGUAAUUGUCUAUUUUCCCUUUUUCUGUUCUCAGUGAUAUAUUUUAAUCAACAUAUUUUGACAGUUAAUCAAAUUGUGUUUAAAAUAUAUACUGGUGUGAGUGAAAUAAAAUACCAGUUGAAUAAC